CUCUAUAUUAUCUCUCUCAGAACAAAUUAAAAACGGCGGCAUGGCUAAUGUAUUGAAUGAAGACCAAAUCAUGGAGUUUCAAGAAGCUUUCAGUCUAUUUGACAAGGACGGCGAUGGCAGCAUUACUGUGGAGGAAUUGGCAACAGUUAUCAGGUCGUUAGAUCAAAACCCAACCGAGGAAGAACUGCAGGAAAUGAUGAAUGAUGUUGAUACAGGCAAUAAUGGAGCCAUUGAGUUCAAAGAAUUCUUGAACGCCCUCUCCAAAAGAAUGGAGGACACAGAUUCAGAAGAAGAACUUAAAGAAGCUUUCAAGGUCUUUGACAAGGAUCAAAAUGGUUAUAUUUCUGCUAACGAGUUGAGAAACGUGAUGAUAAGUCUUGGGGAAAAACUAACAGAAGAAGAGGCAGAUCAGAUGAUCAGAGAGGCUGACCUGGAUGGAGAUGGUCAAGUCAAUUAUGACGAUUUUGUUAAGAUGAUGAUGAAUGUUGGAUAGAGGAUUAAUGAAUGUAUGCAUGGUUCAUUAAUCCUAUGUGGUCAACACAUAAUUAUAAAUUCAAAUCUUUCUUUAAUU